UCGUCGGUCCGCGCCUCCGACCGGCCGGCCCUUGCCUCUGCCUGUGCCUCCCUUUGGCCGACGCCGCUCAUCCCCGGCUCGUUUGAGCAGGAGCUCGGCCGCCGCCGCUCCGCAUCUCGCCUUCGCCCUCAUGGGUAGCUGCUAGCCGGCGUCCGCCGCUUCUCCGCACCGCCGGCAUCGCUCCUCCUCGCUCCGCCGAGCCCGCGAAGCCCCUCCUCGCUCUGCAGCGCCCGCAUCCCCACCUCGCGAGCUCGCACUCGCCCGCGCCGUCCCAAGUGCGACGAACCCGCCCGCCCGAUUUGAGGGGUCCCACCCACACAUGCUAAUUAGUCAAGGUCAGUGCGGAGGAAGAAGGGAACACGACGAGCGACCAAACAAAGCCCACCCAACCCUCCUCCAUUCCUGAUUUUCCACGCCCCUCCUUCCCCUCCAAGUCUCCGGUCCCGAUCCUUCGAGAAGCCCGCUGACGCUGACGCCCCCGCCCCCCGCCGUCCGCACCUGUCCAUAUACGGCCAAGGCAAAAACCGCGGCCAAUCUCCUCUCUCGUCUCUCCCACUAUACUUAUCGUCGGCCCUCGCCACGCCGCUCAGAUCUCCGGCCGGCCGCGCCUUCGCGUGAUCCCCCAUUGGAGGGGAUCCGGCCUGCGUGGGCGUACGAGGUUCUGUUGAUGCUAGGUCGAGGUGAAGCUUGCCUUUGUCAUCGGUCCCGCUGUAGUUACUUUGCAGCAUUUGUGGUUAUCAGGACUUGUUUUUAUCAAAUGACUGGCGAAAUGCUUUCUUGGUGAUGUCUGGGUAUGAUUUGGGUGUUGUUUAUAAUGCAGUUGGCUUCUCAUGGCACUCAAGCAGAAGAAACAAUGCAGUUUGUACCCCAUUGUGAUCACACAGAGGUGUCAGAUUCGCAUCCAAUAAGUUCACAACAAAAAACCGUAGAGAGAUCCACAGAACGUCUAGCCUCAUGUGAAAUCAAGCCAGUUAGCGUUGACGGUGACAAUGAAAAUAUUGAGGUCAAUGAAGAAACUCACCUUGUUAUUCAAGACGUUCCUCAAUGCCGGAUUUGCCUUGAUAAUGAAGGCGAUGACUUGAUUGCACCCUGCCGUUGCAAGGGAACACAGAAGUAUGUCCAUAGGUCCUGUCUUGAUAACUGGAGAUCGACAAAGGAAGGUUUUGCAUUUUCACAUUGCACCGAGUGUCGAGCUGCAUUCUUGCUUCGUGCAAAUGUUCCUCCAGAUAGAUGGUGGUUAAGGUUGAAGUUUCAACUUCUGGUUGUUAGGGAUCACACCUUGAUCUUCUUUAUUGUGCAGCUGGUAGUUGCUUUCUUGGGUAUGGUGGUAUACAGAUUUUAUGGAGAUGAACUGCGAGAAAUGUUUGGUUAUGAAGAGCACCCAUAUGCUUUCUAUGCCAUGGCAAUAUUGGCUAUUGUUUUGGUUGGUUUGCUGUAUGGAUUCUUCAUUGCUAUAAUAUGUGGGCAGAGGAUAACAGAACGUCAUUACCAUGUUCUUGCAAAGCAAGAGUUAACCAAGGAGUAUAUUGUAGAGGAUCUUGAAGGAGCUGAUCAAUUGCCAGACCUUGAUCCUAGCCAUGUCACAGAGCUGAAGGUAUUGGGACUCUAUUGAACGUAGCUGCAUAUAACAUCAGGUAAACAUCGAUGGUGAAUCAGGGAAAAGCAUACCGGAAACAAAUCCUAGGUUGAUGUUGCAUGAAAUACAUAUUUCAUUUCCCACUUCACCCGGAGACAUGAAAAAUGGGCCUUUGUGCGGCCCAUAAACUCUCAAAAAUCAAAACUCUUGCUGGUUUGAAGCAGUUUGAAGAUUCUUUGUUCUCAAUGUAGGCUUGACAACUCUCAACCAAGAUAAUAGCAUUAAUUAUCACACAUCUCAACAUACGAGAAAGAUUAUGAUAGAAGUGCUAGGAUGCCGGUCGGAAUGGACAUUUUUGUAAAGUAGUAGCAUAUUUCUAUUAGUUCUUUAUUCAGGUUCACAAUAAAUACAUAACAGCUAAGAUGCAAAUGCGCUGUUCGUCGUACGUGCCUUGCAAAA